UUUUUGCAAGUGCAUUUACUUUUACUGCCGUAUAAACUACAAUACCAAUAUUGAUUACUUUUGGCCAUUGUAAAUAAACAAAAUGGCGGUCUUUACAUUGUGCUGCCACCAGCGGUCUCACUCUCACUGUUUAUCUUAAUCGCGACUGUACCUAAGUAACGUGAUGUUAGAUGUUGGUUGGAUCAAUUUGGAUAAUAGUUAUAUGAUCUAAGACACUUUUUUCUAAAGUCUCUUAGAGAAGUUCAUAGACCAAGUGGUUUGAGUGAGAAAAUAACAGUGUAACUCUUAUUCAACAAAUUCUGUUACUUAGAUAGGAUUUAGGUAUGGACGGAUAUGAUGUUGUGCCACUCAUUAAAAUCGAACCAAAACAAGAAGAAGAAAUCCAUUCCUUUCUUCAAGGACACGUUUCAGUAAGCAACGAAGUUUUGGUAACAGUAAAGGACGAAAUUACCAUUAGUACACAGUGUGCUAAAUCUCUUUGUAAUGAAGAAGUACACCAACACUCAGACUCUCAAGGUCAUCUUUUUGCCGAAUGCAAAACAGCUAGUUGUGAUUAUGAGACAAAUACUAAAUACGAAACUAAAAAUCUUGAUAAACAGCGCCUUUUAAAGCAUAAAGUUUCUAAUGAUUUUAAAUGUAGGAAUUGUGAUUAUCACACAAAUGUUAAACGCUACUUCACACAACAUCUUUUAAAAUAUAAAGUUUCUAAGGAUUUUAAAUGUGGCGAUUGUGGUUAUGAGACAAAUUUAAAAGGCACCCUCAAACGGCAUCUUUUAAUACAUAAAGUUUCUAAAGAUUUUAAAUGUGUUGAUUGUGAUUUCUGGACCAGUGAUAAAUGGACCUUCAAAAGACAUAUUUUAAGACAUAAAGUUUCCAAGGAUUUUAAAUGUGCUGAUUGUGAUUAUGAGACAAAUCUUAAAGACAGUUUUAAAACACAUCUUUUAAAACAUAAAGAGUGUAAGGAUCUUAAAUGUGCCGAUUGUGAUUACGAGACAAAUUUUAAAAGCAGCUUCAGACGACAUCUUUUAAUACAUAAAGUGUCUAAAGAUUUUAAAUGUGCUGGUUGUGAUUUCUGGACCAAUGAUAAAUGGACCUUCAAACGACAUGUUUUAAGACAUAAAGCUUCAAAGGAUUUUAAAUGUGCCGAUUGUGAUUAUGACACAAAUAUUAAACGUAACUACAUACGACAUAUUUUAAAACAUAAAGUUUCCAAAGAUUUCAAAUGUGCUUAUUGUGAUUAUGAUACAAAUGUUAAAGGCAGCCUCAAGCAACAUCUUUUAACACAUAAAGUUUCUAAAGAUUUUAAAUGUGCUAAUUGUGAUUAUAUGACAAAUGUUAAAGGCAGUUUAAAACAACAUCUUUUAAAACAUAGGGUUUUUAAAGAUUUUAAAUGCAGCGUUUGUGAUUAUGAAACCAAUGUUAAAGGCAGCUUCAAACAACAUCUUUUAACACAUAAACUUUCUAAGGAGUUUAAAUGUGCUGAUUGUGAUUAUGAGACAAAUGUUAAAGGCCGCUUCAAGCGACAUCUUUUAAAACAUAAAGUUUUAAACGGUUUCAAAUGUGGUGAUUGUGAUUAUGAGACAAAUAUUAAACGCAACUACAUUUUUAAAACAUAAGGCUUCUAAGGAUUUCAAAUGGGCGGAUUGUGAUUAUAAUCUUAAUAAUAUUAACGGCAGCUUCAAGGAACAUAAAGUUUCUAAGUAUUUCAAAUGUGGUGAUUGUGAUUAUGAAAUAAAUUAUAAAUUCGAUUUUAAAAAACACGUUUUAAAACAUAAAAAAGGGUAAAUUUUAAUGACUACACUCACUAUAUUAGAAAACGAACGACUUGUUUUUGGCGCCUUUGUUUUUCACUCGGCUCAUCAGGCACACUGGCGCAUUAACUAUUGCAAUUUAAAUAUAUAUUUUACUCCAUACAUACCUUAACAAUUGUUCCCUUAUAAAUAUUGUACUUAACAUUACCUUUGAGAGGUUCCACCCUGUAUAUACAACUUACGACGAUAUAUACAUUCUUGAGAAUUGGCAACCAUGCAAUUUCUGGGUGGGGAAAAGCUGCCUGCGCCACCUAGAAAGCACGAACGGGGGUUAC